AUGACGACUCUGGUUUCUGCAGUGGGCUCGAGGCUCUGUCGCCUGCUCUGGCCGCGCACACACGCUAACUCUGCGGCACAAAGCCGAGCCGGAUCGGAAGCGCCGACGGCCGACGACGCCUGCAGGACAGGUGACGUUCCGGUACAGCCCGUCCCGCCGGUCGACCCGGAGUGCGGCAGCGGCGGCGGCCGAGCGGCGGCCGUCCCCGACCCGUCCUCUGUCGAUCCGCCCUCAGACCCGUCGGCCGAUCGUAUUUGUUUGAUGUUUUCUGACGUGACUUCACUGAAAAGCUUUGACUCUCUUACAGGCUGUGGAGAUAUUAUUGCAGACCAAGAGGACGAGGCAGGUCCCAGCUGUGACAAGCAUGCCCCCGGGCCAGGCAAGCCAGGUCUGUCUAAAGAGAAGCCGGGCGGCGUGGUGGCCUACCAAGGAGGCGGGGAGGAGAUGGCGAGCCCGGAUGGGCUGGACGACACCUGUCUCCAGGAGUUCUGGGACAUGCUGUCCCAGACGGAGGACCGAGGACAGGGGCCCGCGGAGGGCGCGGCCCCGGCGGCGGCGGCCCCGGACGCACGGGUGGUGCCCGAGCCCCCCAAAGAGGCCAAGGACGCGCCGUCGGGCAGGCACAGGCGGCUCAGCCGGAUUCCCACCGAGCUCCACCGCAAGGAGGAGCCCAAGCCCCCGGAGAAGGAGCAGCAGGAAGCCGUCCACAACAGUGACGAGGGCUACUGGGAUUCCAGCACUCCGGGCCCUGAGGACGACAGCACCUGCAGCGGCAGGAAGGCGACCAUCCCGCGUGACAGCUACAGUGGCGACGCGCUCUACGACCUCUACGCGGAGCCGGACGGAGGCCCGGCGGCGGCUCCCGCCAGCGAGGAGACGUCCUGCGCGUCCCGGUUAAAGCCCGUGUCCCCGGUCACCAUCACCUGCCCGCUGCGGACGCCGGGCAGUCUGCUGAAGGACUCUAAGAUCCCGAUCAGCAUCAAGCACCUCGCGAACCUUCCAUCCAGCCAUCCCGUCGUGCACCAGCAAGCAGUCAGGAGUGAGAUGCCCAGAACAAAAAUCCCCGUUUCCAAAGUGCUGGUCCGCAGGGUCAGCAGCAGGGCCUUGGCUGGGACCACCAUCCGGGCAGCGGCGUGCCACGACAGUGCCAAAAAGUUGUGAGGUCCCCGAAGCCGACGUGGGUGGACCACACGUCAAGGAAUACAACUCUCCCCGGAAACCACUAAAAUAAGUUCUGCUUCCCCUAAACAAAGGCUAUCAGGACCGUCUCUGCUCCGGAGCCCGGGGGCAGGGUACACCGUGGAGGGCGUGCUACGCGGGGGAUUUCCUCUCGGGAUAAGUUCCCUGAGGAUUAUUUUCAAGCACUUUUCAUUUUUUAUCUUAAAAAAAAAAAUCUUUGGUUUUCCUUUUUUCACCGAUG